AUCAUUAAUUUUGAAAAUCAGGUAUUUUUGUAUAUAAUGGAUUAUGAAUAUAAAUCUUUUCAUAGGGAAAAGGAUAUUCAUAAUCGUUGUUGCAGUGGAAAAUUUUGGUGUAUUAAGGAUAUAUGUGGAAUUAUCUGUGUUAUUUUGACAUGGCUCUUAAUAAUUUAUGCUGAAUUUGUUGUUAUGGCUGUAAUUUUGAUUCCUACAAUAAAUUCCAUUUAUUCCAGUUUAAAUAUGGCCAUAUUUCAGACAUUAGCUUUUUUAGCUUUUAUUUCACAUCUAAGAACAAUGUUUACAGAUCCAGGUGCAGUACCAAAAGGAAAUGCAACAAAGGAAAUGAUACAACAAAUGGGAUUUAGAGAAGGUCAAGUAGUCUUUAAAUGUCCAAAAUGUUGCUCUAUUAAACCAGAUAGAGCACAUCAUUGUUCUGUAUGUCAAAGAUGUAUUAGAAAAAUGGAUCACCAUUGUCCAUGGGUAAAUAAUUGUGUAGGGGAAAAUAAUCAAAAAUAUUUUGUCCUUUUUACUUUUUACAUUGCUGGUAUAUCAUUACAGUCAUUAUUUUUAUGUAUACAACAAUUUACUACUUGUGUAAGACAAGAAUGGCGGGACUGCACAGCAUUUAGUCCACCAGCUACAGUUGUAUUGUUAUUAUUUUUGACAUUUGAAGCUUUAUUAUUUGCUAUUUUUACUGCAGUAAUGUUAGGAACACAACUUCAAGCUAUUUGGAAUGAUGAAACAGGUAUAGAACAAUUAAAAAAAGAAGAAGCUCGAUGGGUACGAAAUAGCCGAUGGAAGUCUAUUCAAGCUGUUUUUGGACGAUUUUCAAUUGCAUGGUUCUCACCUUUUACAACUCCUCCAAAUGCCAAGAUAAAACUUGAUUCGUUUUUAUAUUCUGUUUGAAUAAAUUAUUUUAGAAUUAUCAAAAUAUUCUAAUUUUAUAUUAAUG